UGCGAGGCACGUGCGGCUGUUUUUUUUGUUUUGGUUUUGUUUUUUUUUUUUGUUUUUUUUUUUUUUUUUGCCGCCGCCAUCAUGCUGCGGGCGCUCACCGAGGAGCAGAUCAGCGACUGGUUCACCAUCGGCAAAGCCGUGACCGCCGUCGAGUUGUUGGGCGAGGAGCCGCCGGCUGGCGCCCUGCGCGGGCCGCCCCGCCGCCCCCCCCGCGGCCCCCUCGCUGCCCGGGAAGCGUUCACCGCCGCGGGGCUCCCUGUCAAAGAGAGUGUUGGAACUGAAUAUACUGAAAAAUACGGACGAGCAGAGGCACAAGAGCUAGAUGCAGUUGGAAAUGAUCAGCUUGUCUAUAAACCAGAUACUUCAUUGUCUCAGUGUGAAUCAAGUGCUAAGACAUCUAUACCAAUAACUAACCAUAAAUGUGUGGAUAUGCCUAUAGCGAAACACAGGGAAGAGAUAGUGUCUCUGAUAGAAAGCAAUUCAGUUGUGAUUGUACAAGGAGCAACUGGAAGUGGUAAAAGCACACAGGUUCCACUAUAUAUUUUGGAUUAUUGCAUUCAACAAUCUAUCUACUGCAACAUUGCUGUUACCCAGCCUCGGAAAAUUGGUGCCAGCAGCAUUGCCAGGUGGAUUAGCAAGGAACGAUCGUGGAGACUAGGAGGAUUUGUAGGAUACCAGGUGAGUUUAGAGAACAUCUCCACAAAGGACACAAGGUUGUUGUAUGUGACAACUGGAGUUCUUCUUCAGAAAAUAGUUUGUGCCAAAAGCCUCGCUGAAUUCACGCACAUUUUUAUUGAUGAAGUGCAUGAGCGUACAGAUGAAAUGGAUUUUUUACUCUUGGUGAUCCGUAAACUGUUGCGCACAAAUUCACAGUCUGUAAAGAUAAUAUUGAUGUCUGCUUCCAUCAACUGUAAGGAAUUUGCUGAUUACUUUGCACUUCCGGCUCAUAAUGGUCUGAAUCCAGCCUGUGUAUUUAAGGUGGAAGGCAAACCUUAUGCAAUUGAAGAAUAUUAUCUUGAUGAUUUGAAGCACACUGUUCGUUUCAAGCUUCCCCCUCAAAGAAUUGAGGAACCAGUGAUAGUAAAGGAAAUGUAUGAAGUAGCAGUGUCUUUGAUUGAGUCAUUCGAUGAGUUGGAGAUGAAGAGCAAUAGGGAGAAAAAAACCUCGAGUGUUACAUCAGAACGUGGAAGUGUGCUAGUAUUUUUACCAGGUUUGAGUGAAAUAAGCUACAUGCACUCAUGUCUCUCAAAUAUGUUUAACAAAAGGUGGCAACUGUAUCCACUUCACUCAUGUGUGACAUUAGAGGAACAGAGUAAUGUAUUUUUGACUACCGUUCCUGGUUACAGAAAAGUUAUUCUAUCCACAAACAUAGCUGAGAGCUCUUUAACAGUACCAGAUGUUAAGUAUGUGAUAGAUUUCUGCUUAACUAGAACUUUGGUUUGUGAUGGAGAAACCAAUUACCAAAGUUUGAGGCUUUGCUGGGCAUCUAAAGCAAACUGUAAUCAAAGAAAAGGUCGUGCUGGACGUGUUUCCAAAGGGUAUUGUUACAGGCUUGUACACAAGGAAUUCUGGACAGACUUUAUUCCAGAGAAGUCAGUACCUGAGAUACUGCGUUGUCCGUUGGGAACUACAGUCUUAAAAAUAAAAAUGCUUGAUAUGGGGGGACCAAAAGCCUUGCUGGCAACAGCUCUUUCUCCACCCAGUGUAGGUGACAUUGAACGUACUGUACUUCAGCUGAAAGAGCUGGGAGCACUUAAAACUUGUGCACAAGCAGAAGAAAAUCCACAUGAUGGUGAGCUGACUUUCUUAGGAAGGGUAUUGGCACAGUUGCCAGUGGAUCUGCGUCUUGGAAAAUUGAUAGUCCUCGGGCAUGUCUUUGGGUGCUUAGAAGAAUGCCUUAUUAUAGCUGCAGCACUCUCUUUGCGGAAUUUUUUUGCAGCACCUUUCAAACAGCAUGUUGAUGGAUACAGGAACAAACUGUUUUUUGCUGAGAACAGUAAAAGUGACUGCAUAGCAAUUGUGAAUGCAUUUAAGAUGUUUGCAUGUGCUUUAAUACUCAGCCCAUCUCACAAAACUAUUUGGAUAGCCUGCUCAGUGUGGCUGUGUUUCCAGGUGGCUGUUGUACUUCUCCCAGUACAAAUCAGGACUUCCUCCAUUAAAGCCUUGGAACGUAAGGCAUGGCAGGCCUGCAGACAAAAAGGGGAGCUGAGACAUCCCAAGGAAGAGCUUGAGUGGGGUAAAUCAAAUUGUAUUCAUAUCAAGAAGAUUAGAGAGGUGGCAGAGUUAUUUCACAACCUGAAAAGGCGAGUCAGAGCAUUUAACAUGUGUGUUAAAGCUCAACCAUCUGCUAUGGAUCAGGAAUGUGUGUACAAACAACGAUUCAUUUUGCAGGUUGUAAUAGCUGGUGCUUUCUAUCCAAACUACUUUACUUUUGGAAAAUGUGAUGAAGAAAUUGCUACGAGAGUCCUUGCUGGCAAGGAUCCAAAAACCACUGUAAUGCUGAAGAACAUUCCUCCCUAUGGAUAUCUCUACCAUAAGCAGUUGCAGUCACUGUUUAGGCAGUGUGGGCAAGUAAAAUCUAUUGCCUAUGAUGGAUCAAAGGCUUUUGUGGAGUUCUCCCAUAGCCCAAUGGAGGGCUUUAAGAUUCUUCCUGCAGUGUACCUGUCAGUCAAGAUGUCACAGCUGAAAAUUCCUCUUGAGCUGAAUGUUCAUUAUCCAGAUGAUAUCGAAAGGCAGUUGCAAGGUGUGACAACUGCAGGUGUGAAAUCUCUAAGAGUAAAUGUGGACUGUCAGAAGCAGAGUGUGGAGCCAGUGGAAAUCUCAUUUGGUACUUCACAACAGUCAAAGAUGAUCCCAAGUAGUCUUCUGUGCAUCAAGAUAACAGAGAUAGUAGAAGUUGGGCACUUCUGGGGUUACAGGAUAGAUGAAAAAACCAGGACUGCACUCCAGGCUCUAACUGCUGAAAUCAGUUACCAGAACCUGACAGAUUUGGCAGUGUCUCCAUGUCCAGAGAUGGUUUGUCUGGCACCGUUCACUCACCUGGAAGACAGAGGAUACUACAGAGCUCGUAUUCUGUAUGUUUGUGGAGAUUUUGCUGAGGUUUUUUUUGUGGAUUAUGGCAAUAGAUCAAAAGUGCCUUUAAAUAAAUUAAAAGAGAUUCCAAGCUGUCUUCAAGGGCUUCCUUUCCAGGCUUUAGAAUUCAAGAUAUGCAGGAUGCGUCCGUCUGCAAAAUCUCUUGUAUGUGGGGAACAGUGGAGUUACAGCGCUAGCCAGAGAUUUGCCUCGCUGGUGAAUGGCUACCCGCUUCUGGUGAAGGUGUAUUCGCUCGUGCAUGGUGUUCUGCAUGUGGAUGUCUUCCAGUACUCGAGAUGCAGAGAGCUUGUGAACAUUCGCGAUGUGCUUGUUGAAGAAUGUUACGCUGAACUAGCAGCAGAAUCAUACGAAUCGCAGCAAAGCCAUGAUUUGCUCAAGGGAUUAUUCUUGGAUCAAGUAAAGAAAGAAGAGAAAAUGCCUGUAUCCUCAAGAGAGGAAGAAAAGCAUGUCAUUGAAAGAUUGUUAAACCAGUUUUCUGACAUAAUGUCCGAUGCGCCAACCCAUAAGGUAACAGUUUUGGGGCCAUUCAGUCCAUAUGAAGUGAAAUGCUACAGUAUGACUAGAGUAUCCCAGUUCAGGAGUGCUUUCAUACAAAAGGAAAGCAUAAACUCUGUUGUUGUCCAUGGUGCUCCAGAAGAUCCCUUUCAGCAGUUGUUGGUCGCCGCUUCUUUAACAACAAAUGCAACUGGAUCUACUGUGAUUUUAGAGGAAACAUCUUUGAUGCCUCCUAUUCCCGGCCUGCUUGCACUCCUCAGUAUGCUGUUUGCUCCUGCUAUAGAACUAAGGCUCUACCCUCACGGUAAGGCAAUACAGUUGCUGACAAUCGUGCUGGAAGCCUGGCAAGAUGAACUGUACAACUGGUCAAGUUUUAAAUCUACGGUUGAUAAAAGUGGAAAGUAUUUUACUGGCGUUCUGUGUGGUUUGGGUUGGAGUCAGGUUUGUGGGGCUCCACUGCUUCCAGAAAAUGACAUGGAGCUGAUGUUUGAUGUGCAUUUUGGAGUAGAAGACAUAUCAGAGAUAAACUUCCUAAGGACAGCUAUUAACGAGCUGCUCUGUGAGUGUGCAGUGUGUUCUGGACAAGAGAGAAUGACACAGCUGCAGGAAAACGUUCGUCAGAAACUUCUAUGUUUAAUCUGCAAAUCAAAACCUCGAGAUAAAAUUGUUCCUACAUGGUAUGAGAAGCCAUAUGCAUGGAAUCAGGUGGAUUCUCAGCAGGUCAUUGACAAGUCGGGAAAGCAGCAUGAAAGAAUAAAUGGUAUUUAUCAGCUACAUAAGCUUGUUGUGUUGAAUGUUUAAGUAUUUCUAGGAGUUUUUCAGAAAACGAGGUGUUACAACUAGUCUAAAAAUGACUUUUGUCUUCUGUAUAACCCUUGGAUGCUUGUUUUGCAAGACUGUUCCUUAAGGUUAGCAUGAGUGUGCUAAAACACAGUUUGGAAUAUGUUAAUGGGUUUUUUUUUUAAACACUGGCGUUUGCUGACAUAGAGCAAAUGAGUUUAUUCAUAAAACAAACUGACAUAAAGCAGGAUGCAGUUUUUAUUUUAAUAAUACUUCUGAGCAGGUUUAUCACAAGGUACAUGAAAGACAAAGCAAAUCUAGGUUUAGUUGUUUAUUUUCUGUUUAAAAGCUCAUAAGCCCUGGGGCAUGAUCUUUUUGUCUGUAACUGCAAGUUGCAUUUUCCUAUUUUUUUUGUCGUUAGUUUUUCUAAAAGCUAUACAAGGGUGUUCGGGGUUUUUCUUAACCAAAAACUAGAAGUCAAAGGAAACUGAUGAUCUAGACUAUGUUCUGAUUCAGACUAUAACUUCAUAUACUGGAUACAAUUUUUUUCAUUAAUUUUUCAUACAGCAAAAUGUAAUAUAUUAUUUCUUUUCCUGUAUGUCAGAAGAACACUUUUGAAUUACUGAUUCGUGGCACCUUUGUUACAUCUUUUCCUCUUUUAUUUGUGAGAUGUUUAGUCCUAAAAAUGAGGUUAGUGGUUUCAGAAUAAAAUACAGAUGUGAAAUAAAA